AUGCCUCACUUUUCCCUCUAUGUCCUCAAAGGCCUCUGGGGUCCGAACCCUCUGAAAAUUGGCAUUAUGCUUGAAGCACUCGGUGCUGACUACGAAGUCAAGUUUGUUGAAUUCGGCUCCUCGGACAAAGAAACCGGCGUGAAGGGAGCCGACUACCUGAACUUGUGUGAGAACGGCCGCACACCUACGCUGGUUGAUCACAAGCGCAAUGACUUUGUCAUUUGGGAGUCGGGAGCUAUCCUUGAUUACCUCUGUUCUGCCUACGACUCAGAAAACAAAUUCCAUGGUAAGACGCCUGAGGAACGCGCCAUUGUCAUGCAGUGGCUCUUUUUCCAGGUGACGGGCCACAGCCCGGUGCAGGGUAACUUGUACUUUGCCAAGAUGUACUGGAAGACAGCCUACGGCGAAGAUCCGACUCAAGUGACCCUGAAUCGAUUCAAGAACGAACUGGAUCGCGUGUUCCAUGUGUACGAGCAUCGUCUGCAACGCCAAGCCUCCUUGAAUGGCGAAGACAAGGCAUUCUUGGCUCUCGAUCGCCCCACGAUUGCCGACUACAGUGCUCUUGGAUGGCUGGGCAUGCUUCCUGAUGUGGCUGGCAAGCUCGAAAUUGACAUGCAGAAGUACGGAAUCCUGAACAAGUACAUCGAAAGGAUGCGCAACCUGCCCGAAGCUCAAGCAGCUACGCGCCGUGUGGCGAGCGGUCACUAA